AUGUUUGUUAGAGCCAUCAAGAAUGCCGUCCACCCCGUCACGGAGUUUGCUCGAAAUGCUCUCGAACAGUUUGUCAAACUCGUAGGCAGCUUUGAAAGUCUGGGCAUCAGAGAGCUUAUGGACAAGUUCGAACCAGUUGCAAAUGCACUCGGCGGUGUGUCGGGGGUCAUUGAGGCUGUCGAGAGUGCCCUUGCUCCCGUUAUGUGGGUCUUGGAGUGCAUUGGGUUCCUGGUCAAUUCGAUCUUCAAACCCGUCAUGGAUUUCAUCAUGAAUUCUUUAGGCCUCGGCGCACUCGUCGACAGCAUCGCAGAGCAACUGAACAAGGUGCUGGGUAUCGACUCUGUCAGGAAAUACUUGGACCAAGCAAUGAAUGCUGCAUUCAACAACAUACUUGGUCCAUUAGACGGCGAACUGCAAAAGUUUGAUUGUGUUGAGCAAGUGCAAAAGUUAUCAAGCGACUUCCAGGCAUUCCGCAAGAGCCCAGCUGAUGGAAUAGUCAAAAUGCUCAACACAGUCAUCAACUCGCACGUCUCAGGGCACGUCAAGGUCAAACCUAUAGGCGGCGACAACCCGAUGCUCGUGCUCAUGGCUUCAUCCUUCCCUGAACAUGAAACCCAGAGUCCGAUGAUAGUCGAAGGCGUUCAGAGUGACAGUGUGGAUCAGGUCAUAAGCCGGCGGCAACAUCGCCUCGACAGAUAUGUCUCAAGAAUAUCUUCAGCAUUGGUCCAACAAGACGUCCACGGGCGAAAAGUCCAGCAUGUCACCCUACGGACUGCGUUCUUUGGCACAGCUGCCGCAGAUGAAGCUUCGGGACAAUCGCCGCUUGUCUGGGCAAGUCCCGCGACAUCCGCAGAAGACACAACAGGCAUACCAGUAAGACUAGGGUACGCGUACUACAAGGACUUACCAGUGUCCAUGCUUCUGCGUACUCAGCACCCGCGGAUCCUUGAUGCCCAAAAGAGUGCGCGUGACACACCGCUCAAGCCUUUCGUGGUCGACGGAAUCAUUGGCAACAAUAACAACAACAACGUCAAGAUCAGUCAAACCACCUUUGGUGUUGACGAGCCAACUAUUGCGCUAUCGCUAGCUUUUAACGAUGGGUCUCCUAGUGGCGGAAAAUCGGACCACUUCGAUGCCUUUUGCGUUCGCCGUGCAAAGUUCCAGGCCGAAUGCGAAAAGGCCCUCGAGCUCCUGGCAAGGCUUCUAGAUGUUGCUCAGCAAGCUGACCACGACUUCGCAACGUUUAGUCCGGAGUCUGUGGCAUUUGGAGGUCACCUCACGGCUAUGUUUGGCGGCAUCGAUCCAUUGCUAUCGGCGGUAGAGACGCUGAUAUCACUUCCACUAGAUUACUUGGGACAGAUGAAGAAACUACUGCAAGAGACGCUCGGCGCGCCCACUGCCGUUCUCGCAGUCGUCGAUGAUAUCGGCGGGGACAGAGACGCAGCGCUUAAGCGGGCUGCAGAUGUCUCGACUGAAUACGUCAAGGUCCAGCAGGCGGUCAGCACGGCUUGUUCAACGGAUCGACUCCAGCUAGCCUCACACCUGGGAGCUUCCAGCAGCGUCCAUGACAUAACAUCGCUCGUACGACUCCUCACCCACAGACUUGGAACGACAGCCACCAACUUUGAAGCCAUGGAAAACCUGGGCCGCGGCAUCUACGAGGACUACAAAACACACCCUGAGCGAUACUCAGCCAACUUCUUCACCAAGCUCGACUCAGUGUAUGAAGGUCUCGCGGGGACUGUAGCCAGCACCAGUGCAGAAGUCCGCGAUUUGGUUCAGCAGCAGGGCAACAGCAACAAUCAGGGGGUGUUGGUCACUCUGUACGCUGCGCUCAGUGGCGUCCACGACGAUGUGCGACGAUUCUUCCAAGCCUCUCAAGCUGUGUCAGAGCUCUGCACAGCGGUCGAGAGCAGCGUCAUCGCCACCGACGCUGCGCGUGAGACAUGCGUCCGCUUCGCCAACAUGGUAGAGCCGCUCAAGCAUAUCCUGACCGAGGUCGGCGUCAGCAUAGACCCCAAACAGCCAGUCGGCCCUCAGGCCCUGGCAGACACGGGUCUUGCCGUCGUUUUGCAGAAAAUGGUCACGGCAGCCGCCCUAGACGGGACCAAGCUGUUCCUUGAGCGGGCAUUCCAUCUCGGCGACAUCAACAAGGGCAUGGACGACAUCAUGGUCCAACUGCAGAACACUCUCGAGAAGGAGCGCAUCCCGGCGCUUGACAAGGCUGUUCUCGAUCUCGUCGCCAAAGUGACGCCCACCAAGCUCAAUGCCUUUGCCCUGCCACCGGGCGGAAUCUCGGCCGACGACGAGACCGUAAAGACCUUUACCGUCAUGAGUCCGCUGCUGGACCAAGGCACGGCCGAUAUGAUGGGUCAGCUGUUGAUCGAAAUCAAGCGUGCUGCCAGCGACCAGUCGCCUCCGCUAAGUUGGGCCGGUCUCACCUGGUGUCGGCGCUGGGACGAAGCCGAGCCGGCAUUUCCCAGCGUCAUCUUCAUGGAAUGGUACCAGACUCUCCAGGACAUUGAUCUGCUUGUCAACAAGCGACGGGGUGUCCUCCCUGACCCUUCCUCGUCUGCGAGUCCCGCCUUGGCUUCCGAGCCUCCGAGUGGCACCAACCCUGCCUUCGAAAUGUGGAAGCAGCUUGGAGCUGUCGUCAAGACGGACAUGAUCGACGCUUAUGAUAGCCACCUGGGCGAAGCCCACUGGAUCCCUAUCCAUGAUCGUAUCAAUCAGCUCCUGCAUGGCAUCAUAAAGCUGCCCGCCACAGCCGGAACGGACCUACUUCAGACGAUCAAGCGUCGGCCAGAUACGACGCCCCUUCCUACGCCAUACGUGCUUCCAACGGAAGCAACCGAGCUUGCGGAGAAGACACUUGGUGAAACUGGUGAGAAUGGCAAGAAAGCUCUGGCCGACGACUCUGCGCUUCGAGGCGUCUGGCGCGAUCAGCAAAGGUUCGAGCAAGCAGCAGUCCAGCUGGCUCCGUUCGGCCUCACGCCCACCAACAACGUUGGUCUCGAGGGAUUGCAUCAUGGGUAUAACCUGCUGGGUGCGCGAGAGCUACUUGCGAACUGCGGUGACGAGGACAAGACGCACCAGUAUGCGCGCUUAACAGGAUGCGAGGUAGAAGGCAAGGGGUUCGCGUCGAUCCCGGUUGCUGGUAGCAAGUGA